ACCUUGGUAUCGUGAGAAAGACAAGGAAGGUUCUUGGCGUCAGAAACAACCACAUUAAUAGACAAACACGCUAACGUAUAUGGUGUGUCGUAAUCAGCAAUCUCUCUUGUUGGAAUCCAACACUUACACAACACAAUUUCAAAGCCCAACUUCCACUCCACCGUCCUUUAAUUUCCUUAACAUGCAAUCCUCAGCACACGCCAAUAUUCCUUUGUAUAUAAACAUUGAUCAUCACCAUCAAACACAUACAACAAAACCUUUCCAUCCCAAGUUACACAUUCAUAGCUAAUUAUCUACUGCAGCCCCUCAUCGCUUUGAAGCUUAUUCAACUCCAAGACAAUGCAAGCAAUUUCCCUUAGCUCCCUUGUACUACUACCAGGCCCUCGAUCAGGCAAUUUGUUGCGCCGAAGAACACCCUUUGUCUCUGCAGCAUCGAAAAGAGACGCUUAUGGCCACCACCACAACUAUGGCGGCAAGUUAGUGGAUGAGAACAUGAUCAUUCUUAGGAUGAGAAUCCGUGAGAUUGAGAUGGUGGACAUGAAGACUAAUGCUCCUUCUGAUUGGACUGAAUGGGAGAAGAACUAUCUUGAGCAUUAUGGUUCGGAUGUUUGUGAAGCAGUUGGAAUGUUGCAGAGGUUGUUGAUGAACAUGAGACCUGGUUUAGCUGUGGGCAUGCUGGCUCUGGUUAUGAUGAGCAUGACCAUGUCAAUGUCGAUGCUUGUGUUUCAUCUGGUGGAGUUGGCUAAGGGAAUUACAUCAUCAUAUAAUUUCUGAAGGCCAAAUUUGAAAAAUUAGAUUUUAGUACACAUUUUGUCUGGUGCUAUGAAUUACCCUGUUAAAAAGUUUCAUUUACAAGUUGAGCGUAAAUAUAACAAAAAGCUCAUCAUCUUAUGUAGUAAUUUUUUCCUUAUUAAAUAACAUUAUAUGGAAUUGAAAGUAAUGUCAUUUUCCCAAAA